CAGCAGCGCAGCGCACCCGCCCACAACACGCAUUCCCUUCAAGAUGGCCACUUCGUGGAAGAUUGGACGAAAACUGGUGGUUCUCGGAGUUUACAUCGUCUUUAUCAUACUCCCAUGUCACUUUCGUACCUGCAGUUCUGCGCCCACCAGUGAUGCUGGCAACACAACAGUUGUUGAGUCACCUAAGGAUCCUCCCACCCCUAAUCCGGACAACUUGACUACAUUACCAAAGGAGGUAGUGCAAACACCACAUCAGAGUGACAAGGACCUAAAACAACCUAACAUCUCUUCGGAGGACCAGCAUUUGGAAGUAGACCCCCCUCCAGCUAAACUGAGUCCGCCCCAGUCAGGUAUUGUUGAGUCAAACCCUCCAGAAUCAAAUCUGUCCGUGUCAGAUCCCUUAAGCACAGACCCUCCGCUAGAUCCUAAAGCUGGUCAUGCCUCCCCAACACAUCCUGCCCCUGCUGCUACCACCACCACCCCCACGACUGUUACCACCACAAUCGCCGCAACUGCUACCACCACAGCUACUACACUUUCAUCCACAUCCACUCCAGCUCCCGCUGCGCCCACCAUCGUUGACAUGAAUGCCCCCCAGAUGCAUACAGACACACCACAGGGUAAGGCAACCAACAGCCCACACUUGGUGGAGUCGGAGGAUGAAGACGACGACAAUGACGACAAAGGGUACCUUGACUACGACACCACGCAGUCGUAUACCCGUGAUGGUGGAGAGGACAACGGAACAGAUGGGAUGUUUCUGAGGCCUGACGGCCAGGAUGACUCGGUGACCAACCAGGACCCCGAUGAAGAUGAAUAUGAUCUCCCGGAAAAGGGUCUGAUACAAAAUCUGCCUACUGACCCAAAGAAGUUUGAUGAGCGUUUGCAGGAUGCCACCAUUUACACAAACCCAGAUGAGGACACGCAUUUCUUUUUCCACCUGGUCAUCAUUGCCUUCCUGGUGGCCAUUGUGUACAUAACCUAUCAUAACAAGCGAAAGAUAUUCCUGCUGGCCACAAGCCGUCGUUGGAGGGACAACCUGUGCUCUCGCGGAGUGGAGUAUCGCAGACUCGACCAGAACGUCAAUGAAGCCAUGCCCUCGCUGAAGAUGACCAAUGAUUACAUCUUUUAGGGCCUCUGGCCAGCAGAAAAAAGGACUUGUGGGGGGGGCUCUAAACUAUUGGGAUAGUUUCAGGGUUAUGGUGGUAGGGCAAACUAAACAUUUUGAUCUCUCUGAACUUUUGAGCUACAAUGGAGCUUCAUGGUUUCACCUUAUUUGCUCGUCCAUAGUAUCGUUUUUCUUUCAGGCUUUUUUAUAUUUUAAAAGAUCUACGGUUCUUUUUGGAGGCUUGGUUGGUCUCCAGAGCGUGUAUUUAAUUUAAACCAUGUUUCAGAUUCCUGCUGUCUUAAGGCUUUUAUUGCACAAGUGAUUGUUUGAUGGGUAAUUGGACACCUAGUGUGGCCAUGGUGUUGUAGAUUAUGUCAAGAUUAUUAAAAUUAUAUUUUAACACAAAUGGAAUGAGGCACAGAGUGCAGAAUCACCACACAUGUCAAAUGUAGACAUUGUUUUCCCUGACGACUGUAGCGGCGACAUUACUAAUUCUGUGCUGUUUCAUACAGCACCAAAAUGCAAUAAUUGUACUAUCAACCUUAUUAUAUUUUAUUUCUUGUUGGGAGAUAUCAAAGCAAUAUCACUUCAAUGUAUGGCAUGGUACAGUUUCCUUUUGUUUGACAGUCUAUCAUCUCUACAGUAUCAAUGCAUCAGGGCCGGCUGGAGACCUGCUCAUAUUCUAUGAGGCGCUUGAACACCUGUCCCUUUCUGUGUUUGAGUUAUGACUUCAGUGAAGUCUUUUGAAAAUUAAGACAUUCCUGCCCCGGUUUGCUAUUGCUGAGAUGAAAGGUGUCCGUUUUCUUUGCAGUCUCUUGGGCUUAGAUCCGCGAAUACGAGCAUUGUGGCUGAAUGUGGCCAAAUAUUCUCAAAGAAUGCUGUAUUAUUUCAGGAGAGAUUACAUUUCGUCAAUAUUUUUUCGCCUAUAUAGGACUCCUGCCAUGUCACCAUAUUUCUGAUGGCCUACAGUAAGAAUCCUACUGUCAAAGCCACGCAGGUGGUAUUUCUAUUCUCUUUGUUGAGCAUUCAUUUGUACCGGAGUUGGUAAAAUGGUGAAAAGAAUGGUACUAAACAGGUUCUGACCAAUCUGUGUAACUGUGGGGAAAUGAUCACAACAGGCAUGACUUGUUUCAUUGUUUGUGCCUCUGCUCUUUCAAUUAGCCAUAGGCAUUAUUCACCCUUUUGUUAUUAAAGCACAACUGUAAAUAUA